AUGCAUCAUUAUGCUACAUUGUUCAGCAUAUUUCUGCUAAUAGCAUCUUCAUGGUCUGACAAACAUGUACCCACAGCAUCCUCUCCAUCUGUAUUAUAUGUUUGGUCUGGACAAGAUAAUUCCGUACCGUAUGCCUCUGAUUUCGUUGCUGUAAUCGACUUUGAUGAAAGGUCUCCUACCUAUGGGCAUAUUUUAAAAACAGUUUCGCUUGUUUCGGACGCUCCCAAUGGCAUUAUGCAAGUAGGAAAUGAGCCACAUCAUUCAGCCAUUUCUUCCGAUGGUCGCUAUUAUAUUAGUGGCGGUUUUUUCAGUUUUCGUUCGCAAAAUAAAGAAAUAUUUGUGUGGGAGAUUCCCAAAAAUCCUGCGAAAGGUCCAAAAUUUCUAUAUGCACUUGAUGCACCAGGUGCGUGUCCAGACGAGUUUUUGCCGAUUGGUGGCCCUGAAUUUCUUGUGAGCAUGAUGUGUAAUGAACAAGCUGCCAAUCCUGGCAAUAUGGUUUAUAUUAAUGCUAAGACUCGUACGGCAAAAUCAAUUCUCAAAAAUAUUUCAGCUUUCAUCGACUUUAAUCCACAUGGAUUUGGUCGACUUCCCAAUGGUUCAAUCUUCGUCGCGGACUUUCUUGAACCUAUUUCGUUAGUCGGCACUGAUCCAUCACAAAUUCUAUUUCGAAAUACGGCUCGACAUAUUCUUCCUGAUGGGACAUUGGAACGUACUUUUCAAUUCAAUUUCCCUACAACGCCAGGGUCAUCAAGUGGAAUCGGACACGGAAUUGGAUUCAUGGAACUUAAAUCUAUUCCUGGUGACCCAUUAGGACGUUCUUAUGUUAGUGGUAGUAAUGUGAAUAAUAUGUAUUUAAUCGGUCCAGGCAUGUCUGAUCCAAUUCUAGCUAUUGAUUUCUCCCAAGUAAAUGGAUAUCAACAGCGAAUCAGUGCUGGUCUCUUGUCCAUGUUUCCUAAUGGUCAACGUUUAUUAAUGACAUUUCAAAUGCGAUAUGUUAUUUUAGUAAAUAUCACAAGACCAGAACGACCAAAUAUUCUUCGUGUAUUUGAUUUUUGCUCUGAUCCAGCACUCAAAAAUGUGACAAUUGGUACUCCUGGUUCAUUCAAAAAAAUCACUUUUGCCGAAUUCUGUAUUCAAAAUAAUAACAUUGUUGGUUCACAUACUGUUGUAUACCCGAAAGAUGAAAAUCGAUUCAUUGUGAUGAACUAUUUUCUCAAAUUCGGCUUGGCUCAAUUUCCUGGCACACGAACAGUGCAUGCGUUUAAACUCAAUAAGGAUUUUACCGAUUUUGAAUAUGAUCAUAAAUUCAAUCCUAAUUUUCAAUUUCACUAUCCAUCCAGAAAACAACUUCUAACACUACAUUCACUACAAGCAUAUCCACAUCAUCUUCAAUAUUUGAAGUUAGAGAAAUAA